AACCAAUUGGUUAUUAAGGCGGGCGUAGAAGAGGUGCCCUUUUUUAAUGCUCCCAUUUAUACCGAAAACAAACAACAGGUCGGAAAAGUGGACGAAAUCUUCGGAUCAAUUAGAGAUUACUCAAUAUCAGUGACACUAAUGGAGAAUAUGAAGGCGUCUUCGUUUCCAAUCCAACAAAAGUUUUAUAUCGAUCCGCAAAAGCUGUUACCACUGCAGAGGUUUCUGCCCAACGCUUCCGGAAAGACUGGCGGAGGCAGAGGUGGCGGUAGGGGUCGCGGCGGUAGAGGCGGUGGUCGCGGAGGUGGAGGAAGAGGAGGCUUUGGCGGCGGCCGAGGAGGCGGUGGACGAGGCUUUGGCGGCGGCGGAGGCCGUGGUUUUGGUGGCGGUCGCGGAGGCGGCGGUGGAAGAGGUUUUGGCGGAGGCGGUGGACGAAGCUUUGGCGGCGGCCGAGGGGGUGGGGGCUUCAGACGAUAA